CGUCGUCGAAAGUGGUAUACUAGUUUUGUACUCCGCGAAACGCGUUUCGGUGUGAUUUGUGUUUUGUUUUGUGGUGCACGAUGGCUUACAACGGUAGUGGUGGCAAGAGACUGUGUACUACGACCGAUAUCGACGUUGAAAGGAGUAAUGGCAACAAUUAUAUGGCUGGUGAGCCGCGGCGCAAGCGCGAACUACCAGCGCGGCCCAACCACAUACUACUCUACACCAUCAUAAACCCGGCAUAUCCCAUCACUGUGGAUGUUAUACACACAAUCAGCACACCACAUGGGCAGGUGCAGAGGAUCGUAGUAUUCAAAAAAAACGGUGUCCAGGCCAUGGUUGAAUUCGAGAGUGUGGAGUCCGCCACAAGAGCAAAGGAAGCACUCCACGGUUGCGACAUUUACUCAGGAUGCUGUACACUGAAAAUAGAAUUUGCUAAGCCUGAAAGAUUGAAUGUGUUCAAAAAUGACCAAGACAGCUGGGACUACACACUGUCUGAAGAUGUCCAGCCAGUGCAGAGAAGCGCUCCUCUCCUACAAUCGCCUCAAUAUACCGGUGGCAGACCACAGCCUUACAAUCCCAGCAGCUCCUCGACGCAAGCGACCACAAGAGCUUGCAGCGACGACUCCUGCAGUCAACACAGUCAGCAUUCAUGUGACCACUCCCAGAAUGAUAUGGAGUACGGCAGCGGCGGGCCUCCGCCCCCGGGGAUGAUGAAGGACAGACAUGGACCGCCUCCGCCUCACCACCAGCGUGACGGUCGCGGUUACGGACCUGAAGGGUACGGCGGCGAAGGCUUCGUGCCGCCACCACCCAUGCACCACCCGCCCAUGCCGCCACAAAACCAGGGUGGUCCACCACAGCAAGGCGCAGUGAUGAUGGUGUAUGGAUUGGACCCGCAGACUGCCAACGCCGACCGCCUGUUCAACCUGUGCUGCCUCUACGGGAACGUUGUCAGAAUAAAAUUCCUGAAGACAAAAGAAGGCACGGCGAUGGUGCAAAUGGGUGACGGUGUGUCUGUGGAGCGCUGCGUCCAGAACCUCAACAACGUCACCGUCGGAGACUACACGCUCACACUCGCGUUUUCAAAACAAGCGUACCUGUCUGAGGUGAUGAACCCGUACCCGCUUCCGGACAAGAGUCCCUCGUUCAAAGACUACGUGGGCAACAAGAACAACCGCUUCCUCACUCCGGCCUCCAUACACAAGAAUAGAAUACAGCCGCCCUCCAAGGUGCUGCAUUUCUUCAACACGCCACCAGAUGUGUCCGACGAUCAACUGCUGCAGGUCUUCAAGGAUUACGGCGUGAUGCCACCACACACCAUCUCCAAGUUUCCCCUCAAAAGUGAGAGGUCGUCAUCAGGCCUGAUGGAGUUCCAGAAUAUAUCGCAGUCCGUGAUGGCGAUUAUGGCGUGCAACCACGCCACCAUACAGCAUCCUGGUGCGAAAUUCCCGUUCGUAAUGAAGCUGUGCUUCUCGUCGUCACGACAGAUCGGACAGGCGAAGGGCGUGGGCCUGAAGAACUUCGACCAGAAACAAGAUAGCAACCAACGGCAGCCGCAGAACAACGGCAUGGCAGAACACGAAUACUACUAACGGAGAUGCGGCGGUCUACACACACUCACACAUAUCAAGACGGACGGCACACAGACACACACAGGCACACCACUACGAGUGUGGGGGGACUGGGGUUGCCAUUGCUAACUACAAAUAUACCCCACAGAUAAAAUAUAUCCUUCAUGAACAUGAACUCUUAACUUAUAAGUUAGGGGUAGUUUGCGAAGGGUAACAUUUGAGCAAUGGCAUUAUUAUAAUUCCUUAUUUAUACAUUUUGUGACCUAGAUCACUCUUAUAAAGACAUUAACAGUUAGUUUCUCUUAAUAUAAUUAUAGACAGAAUUAACAAUUCUCAUGUUAAAACACAUUAUUACAUUUCCAUUGUAUGAUUUCUUUUUUUUAUGUUUACUUUUUUUUUCGAAGCCACGCUUCGUUGGAUGCAGUAGGCAUUUUAGGUUUCCGAGUAACGGCCAAUUAAGUAAUAUUCCCAUAUUUUUCAGUUGUAAUCUUAGUGUUUAGUUUUAUAUUCUUCGGUGCCAUUUUCAAACACUCUACGAUGUGAAGAAUUUUCAAUUUUUUUUUAUAUUACGACGGAAUUAAUUUUAGAUGAUUUAGAGUUUUGAGGAUGGUACUACGUUAUCCGAUUUUUUUUAGUGAUUUUUUUUAGUAAAUCGAUAUUAGUUUGUGAGUUUGUUUUAAGAUUAAGCAAGUUAGGAGCUUUCGUUUUUUAUUCAUCUCCAUCCUAAACGUGCGUUCAUGAGUGAUAUAUGUACUUACAUAUAUUGGACUGAUACAUAUAGUUACAUAUAUCGGGAUCGGAUGCACGGAUAUUGUUUCCAACGGUUGUUUUCUGUAAACGUAACAGUUGUGACAUGUACAAGUAAUAAAGAAACUGUGGUAUAAGGUAGAACAUUCGAGUUUCAUUUUUAUUUGUUCAAAUACAAGGCUUGGAGUUUGCAUGUUUUCAAAUAUUAUUUGCAUGGAUUUUACGAAAGCGGUAAUAGUAGGGAUGAUCGAUAUUAGGAAAAUAUCGAUAUCAGAAAACAUCGAUGUUUCAUUAUAUCGAUAUUAGAAAAUAUAUUUCGUUGUGAUCAGCGUUCUUGUUUUAUUUAGGCUGCUAAUACACGGCCUCGAUAUAUUUGGGACUGCAAGCGUUGUUUUUGCGAUGUACAAAGUUCUUUUUUUACGGCGAUUUAAAAUCGAUGUUAGAAUAUCGAUAUUUUCCUAUUAAUGUUAAAUAUCCGAUCAUCGCUUAAUAGCUGGAAACAUUGUUUGUUUGACCACUUUACUAUUGUGUAAGAACCAAAAGUAUGUAAAUGUAAGUAAAUAGUUUAACACUCUAUAGGUUAGUAGUAAGCGUCAUUGCAAUGUCAAUUAUAUUUGAUUAGUGAAGAAUUGUGACACUACGGAUUUUCUAUAAAUUUUCUUAAAAGUAAAAAACAAAAUUAGCGGACUAUUGAUCAUGGAUGUUGAUUAAUAAGCUAUGCACACGGAGUAGUGUUAGGUCGUCGACGACAACGCGGGGCACCGCUAGUGCUCCACUUGUCUAUGUUUCCGUUCUCGUCUCUAUGGAUAGAUGUUUGUAUGGUGUGACUUGUGCUAGCUUGACUAUACUACUGUUUAUGAUAUGGCUCUGAGAUAAAUAGCAAUUCUCCUUCGCGAAGAUACAUCACAAAUAUUUUUUACACGUUUAUUAGAUUUAAACAGUCGGGCGGCCGAAUAUAUAUAUUUGAAUUGCCUUCCCUUGUAAUAAUAUAAUAUUUAUCGAAGAGGCUUAAAUAUAUUUACUAUAUCUUACUUUUAAUGUUCCAAUGGUAAAUAAUUUACCACUCAUUGUUUUCAUGACGUAAACAGUCUUAUAGGCUGCCGUAUAAAUUACUAGUUAAAUAAAAUAGCUGAUUAAAAAAAAACUUAUAUUGUUAUCAGGUAAAUAGAUGCAUAUCUUUUUCUCUAGAGGUAUUUUCGAAUGGAAAAUUAAUGUUUUAGUGUUAGAACAUGGAUGUCGUGAUAGCUUACAACUGUUUUGUGUUAAAUGUACAGAGAAUAUAUUGAGAUUGUUUACAGUAUCUAUAUGUUUAUGAAACGAUUGUACCGUUCUUAUGUUUGUGUAACUCUAUGUUUUAGACAUUUGACAUUAUAUGUAUAAUUAGUAAAAAUCACGGGAUCUUACCACGUUUUAUAUUUAUUUGCUGAGUUCCCGAUAUUUCGGUAGUUUUACAGUUUGCCGAGAUGAAUAUCGAGCGAGUUCCAGUAGUAGCAACAAACGAAGACGUGUGAAGGUAGACGCGUAUAUCUGCCCAUAAAAACAUUUCAUUUUCCAUCUACCCGCUGCUCUUCAGUUUACCCGUGAUCAUGGUGGUUGAAACACUACCGAAAUAUCGGGAACUUAGCAAAUAAAUAUAAAACGUGGUAAGAUCCCGUGAUUUUUACUAAUUAUACGUAUAUAAUGAACGAGUCAGGUUUAAAACAGUAUAUUUGACAUUAUGACACUAUUCUACUACAAUAUGACAAUUUCAAACAUAUUUUACACAUAAAAAUAUCUAAAUAUAUAUAUAUUUAGUGAUAUAUAAGGUAUUUUGUGUGUAAGAUCACAUACGAGAACAAUACGCCGAUAGACGCGUACAAAACGACACAAGAAACCGCACUUUAGUUUUGUCAUAUAUUUAAGAUAAUUGUAAUGUUUUAGUUUUACCCUUUCCUUUUUCAAUAUUUUAGCUUACCUUCAUUGGACUUAGGUACUUGUAGUAACAUGGUAAACAUUAAAUACAUGUCAACUCACAAAAUAUUCUUUCAUUUAACACGACUAUUAUUGUCUACCACGAGUUUAUUAGUUAUUG